AAACCCUAAUGUAAUAUGUCUUCAGGUUUUAGAAGAGCGAAAUGACGCUCAGAGACAACUUUCUCGAGAGCAGAAUGCCAGAGUAAUACAAGAUGAAAUCCUGGCCCAUCGUCUUUCCCAACAAAAGGAGGCAGAAAAGGCUAAUAAGAAAAUGAAUGCUGAGGACACAAUGAAUUUUGAGCUGUCUGACCCAAAAGAUAGCAGCGAGGUGCUUCCUCAGCAACUUCCUGAAGCUGAGCGUCAAUUCCGUGGCCCAGAAAUUGAGCUCCAUCCCAGGAGAGAUGCUCUUACACCAACAACGUUGGUAUUAGAAUGUGUGCACAGAGACCGAGGCCAAGCCCAGUGUUCAAACAAGGAAACUGAACCCUUGUCUCAGAGCAAACAAGGGGACGUCAUCAAAUACAUUGCAAAGCAGGCAUUCUUGAAGGAGACAAUACGUAAACUACAAAGUGAAAACACGUUGCUUCGACAGCAACUAGAAGUUGCUCGAAAUGAAGCCAGAAGUGAAAAGACAAUACUUAAUACUCCAAAGCCAUUUCUGGAUCACAUGGGAAAACUUGAAGCCAUGAGCAGACGAGUUCUGAUGCUGGAGGAAGGAAACAAGGAGUUAAUUAAAGAAUGCAGAUGUUUAAAGGACAGACUGUGUCAGUAUGAAACGGACAGAGCAGAAAUGGAAGUAAGUACCCAGAAAGGGAACUAAUU